CUGCUUUUUCGUUUUGUUUUUGAGGAAUUGCUUGAAUCAUCAAGAUGAGAAAACGGUUGCCUAUUGCUGUAUGGUUCUUUUCACUUGUCUUAACCCUGAGAGGACAAGAGAACUACAGGAAGAAAGCAACUUGAACGUUGCCCUUGCUGUUCUGCAGGCAUCCAGGAAGUACCCGGAAUCGGAAUGGACGUUCUUGAUUGUUACCAACCAUUUGCUGAAGUGCCCGAGUUGGUCAAAGCCAUGUAUGCCAAACUGAGCAAUCAAGAAAGGGCUUCGUUUUUAGAAUUGAUACAGUCAGAAAUUGGUGAAAACAAUACAGUUAUCAGUGCAGAAACAGCCAAAUUUCUUGUAAAUUGUUUCAAGGAGAAAUGUCAAGCCGUGCUCAUAUUGGCAUUUGCAGCAAAUGAUGAUGAUGAGGAAGCACUAGUCACGAUUCGGCUUGUUGAUGUUCUUUGUGAAAUGACAUCAAACUCUGGACAUCUGGAAUGUCUGCAGGCUUGCCCUGAUUUGCUUGAGGUGACUGUCAAAACUUUGCAGCUUACACAUCUUGCUGGGAAGCAGAGCACAAACAUCUUCACAGUGACUCAUUCUGGGCAAGAACAAAGCUGUCAUCCAGCUGUGGGGUUUAAGUCACAUCUAAUUCGUUUGAUUGGAAAUUUAUGUUACAAGAAUAAGGCUAACCAAGACAAGGUAAGAAAAGCUAAAGACUGUAAGCAAUUCAUUGUGCAGUUCAUAGUACAAAAAGACAUUUAUAUCUUAGAAAUUUUGCAAUAGAAGGUCUCAAGUAAGUAAUAAAUAUGGUAU